GCUCACCCGGAUCCGCACGUGUUCGACGAGACUCUGGAGGCGCCCACAAAGCCUUUGAAGUCGGACUCCAUGGCCCAGGAGAACAGCGCCACCUUCACAAGCAGCACGGGCGAGAGCUCUGACGAACUCGCCUGGAGCGGGGACCAGGCGCGGGGCCGUGCUCUCCAGCAGUUGCAGAGGCAGCUUCUGGACGUCAAGGCUCUCCUCCUCGAUCUACGAGCAGAUGCUUUCAGCCAGACCCCGCCGACUGUCGAGCGCGACAUGGCCGAGGGCAGCGUGCACAAGACCGAGGGCGACAAGGAGAGCGGCGUUGAGACCAUGACGAGUAAGGAGGGCCAUGAACUGGAGGCCCAAAGCUACGGUUUUCUGCCGAAUAGCCUCGCGAGCGCCCAGGUGCACGCGGAGCCGAGUGAUAAACUCAAUCCAGAGCAACAGGGACGGGCAGUAGUUGUCGGGGCAGGUGAUUCCGACGGCUGCCUUGCCCGCUUUUCAGAUGCCGUCUCGGCGAACAGCUUCGGCAGAGGCAAAGGUUGCUCAAGUAAGCCAGCGUUCAGCCUCGACGGCAAGGGCAAUAACCUUCCGUACCGCAUCGGCCAGGGCAAGUGUGAGGAGGCGGGGGGCCACGAGAUCGCCAUGAAGAACCAUCGCACGGGGUUCUUCGACAUGGGGGCCAAUGAUUCCGACUCAGAGCUUGCCGCCAUCACCGCCUACCAGUUCGAAUUGCCCCAGUCAGAGGCCACCUGCAGUGCUAAUGCGGGCGUGCGAGAGGCCACCUGCUACAUUUGUGGCUUCCGGUGCGGCAAGGGCAAGAUGGCUCUUCAUUGCGUCGAGUGCGACUCGUGGGCCCAUGUCGCAUGCUUCCCUGACCGACUGAAGGGCGAAUGCAGCAGGUGA